CGAAAGAUCCAAACCGGAAACUGUCAUGUUAUUGACGCUCGCGGAACACGCGCGAAGGAGAAUCAGUUAACGCGAAUGCGAAGGAAGCGUUAAAGUAGCUCAACUUAGAUGAAUUAAGACAGUCGUUUUUGCUCUGUGUUAAGUGGUUGUUUUGUAGUAAGAGUUCACACUGGAGCAAUUGAGCAACCAACGGUGGUCACAUCAGCAACAAAACUAAGUGACUUAACUAACAUUUGGUUAGUGUGUAGGCGCAUAUUGUGUAGCUAUGCGUGCUAGUUGAGGAUAGCUAACUUCCCUAACGGUUGUUACAGAACGUCGACCUUUUAGGUCUACAUUGUACUUAAAAAUAAACCAUUCAUUCGUUGUUUUUUCCCUCGAGACUUUACCAGAAAAGUGGGGACAUUUGUCACAUUGUCGCUAGCUUCCGUCGGGAAUGUCGCCUCCUCUGUUUGUGUCGUGUUACGGUGGCAGGAGUCAUGGAGGGUCGACGCACAUCUCGGACAGCGAGUCAGAGGAUGAGGUGACGAGCCUCCUAUUCCACUCACGUGUCCCUUUUAUUCACCAUUUAAACCAACCUACCUUUCUGAGGACCAAGCUCCCCCUCAAUCAGUUCUAUCCGUAUAUCCGCUGCGGCCUUUGCUGCGGCUUCCUCAUCGAUGCUGCCACCAUCACGGAGUGCCUGCACACAUUUUGCAAAAGCUGCAUCGUGAAGCACUUUUUCCACAGCAACCGGUGUCCUACGUGCAGCAUCGUUGUCCACCAGACGCAACCGCUGUACAACAUCAGACCCGACAGACAGCUGCAGGAUAUUGUUUACAAAAUGGUUCCCUUCCUUGAGGCAUCUGAAAGGGCGCAAAUGUGUAACUUCUACAAAGAGAGAGGGCUGGAGGUGCCAAAAACGGUGGUUGUCUCCCCUCCGGGUGCCGUGGUGAUAAAGAGGCAGAAGAAAGAAAACCUUCACCAGUCUGUGUUCACCAUUCCUCCUGAGCUGGACGUGUCUCUGCUCCUGGAGUUUGUCGGGGCUGAAGAGGGCAUCAAUGACUUUAAGCCGUUAGAGAGGCGUUACGUUCGUGUGUCUGGCGAGGCCACCGUGCGCCACGUGGAGCUGUUCAUCAGGAGGAAGAUGGAGCUGAGCGCCACCUACCAGGUUGAUGUAGUUUGUGGAGACCGACUCCUGGACCACUACCAGUCCCUCAAAGACGUGCAGAACUCUGUGGGCGAAGAGGCGCUGCAGGACGGUCUGCUGGUGCUGCACUUCGGCCUGGUCCUUCCCUCAAAGUCCUAAAAACAAGAGGAGUUUCCUUUCUCUUCAUCAGACUGUUGACCCAACAUGGAGUAAGGUUUCUAACAUCGUAGGUACUCCACGCGGCCCCAGAUGCCUCGUCAGGAUCGUCACCAGCGAGACAUUUUUCAACCUCGACUCCUGCUUGUGCCGUGGCAGCAAAUGUUCCACUCGAGACUCGUCGCCUCGUGUUCAGGUCGAGCCGUGUCUGCAGUAGGCUUCCACGCACUGCUGCCACAGCUGAAAGGGUGUUGUCUUUCCUACUGGUCUGUAACUCAGAGUCAGGAAGUCUGUGAAAGUGACAUGUUUACCUUUUUUAUGUAUGAUCUGGGCUGAGUGGGAUUUCAGAUGAAUAGUUGUGAUUCUAAAGGGCUUAAAAAUACAACUACCAAAGGUGUGUGUCUGCGGGUCAGCGUGUGGUGGGUAGGUGGGUGUUUUAAUUAAAACUUGAUUGUUGUUGAUUUAAUUUAAGUGCUUUUGUACAGGCUGUUUUUCACCGGAUGACAGAAGUAGUGUGUAUUUUUUGAUAAGAUUUCUUAAAUGUCUCACCACCUUAAUUUUGUCAGAAUUAAUUAAUAAAACAUAAACAUGA